AUGGCACAGAAGUCUCGAAUUUUGUUAGUUGGUUGUGGAGGAGUCGGGACCAUAGCUGCCUUGAACCUUGAGCAUGGAAACAAGGCCGAGGUUUCCUGUGUCUUGAGAUCGAAUUUUGAGAUUGUCAAUAUGCAAGGAUUUACAAUUCGGUCGUGUGAGCACGGAGAUCUCACGGCUUGGCGGCCAAGUCAAAGUCAGAAUCCCUGCUCGUCCGUCCUGGAUAAAGUUCCAGACAUAUCAGAUCCAAAAGUUCAACACUUCGAUUACAUCGUGUGCUGCACCAAAAACACGCCAGACAUCAAUCCCAUUGGCCAAAUUAUUGCCCCUGCGGUGUCACCCAACCACACGGUCAUUGUUCUGAUUCAAAAUGGGCUCAACAUCGAAAAGCCGUUGAUGGCUCAGUUCCCCCAUAAUAUGAUUCUGUCGGGAGUUAGUCGCAUCGAUGCUCAUGAGAUCAGCAAAGGUGUCAUUGAGCAAAAGCAGCGGGAUCUCCUUUAUGUCGGACCCUUCCCUUCGCAGUCUCAUGACGCAGAAUCGCUCAGCAAGUCUUCCCUGCAUUUUAUUGAUAUCUACGGCGCUGCAGGUAAAACCACCUGUCUCUACAAGCCUGACGUUGGGUAUGACCGCUGGGCGAAAUUGGUCUACAACGCGACGCUCAAUCCCGUCUCCGCUCUGGUGGAUCUAAACACGGGAGAGCUUCAGAUGACUAGUGUGAUUGACACGCUGGUCAUUCCAGCCAUGAGAGAAGUAAUGAAAGUUGCAGAAGCUGCGGGUCAUAAGCUCCCAGAUGAAAUCAUUGAAGAAACUAUCCGCAGUAAUCCUAUUGAGAAGAUGAUUACGCCUAGUAUGCAGGUUGACACUCAGAUGGGAUCAUUUAUUGAGCAUGAGAAUUUGCUUGGGGAGGUAUGCCGUGAUGCCCAAAGACUCGGCGUGGAUGCUCCGAUUCUCUCUACUCUGUACUCCCUAUGCGUUGCUGUUCAAUGGCGCACCAAGAGGAAUAAAGGCCUGAAAGAUUCAAAUUUCUCUUAA